CUAAAAAAAAAUGAUGAAAUGGCAGCACUGGUUUUGCUUGAGGUUAUCAAAACAGAAGGACGUAGAAUAAUUGAAAGCAUACCAAAAAGAAAAUCAAAAUAAUGCAAAAUACGGUUAAAUCAUCGGGCGACAUAUGGUUUGAUCCAUCCGGGUACUAUGUUGUGGCCUUGACCACGCUGCUGCUGUGCAUAUUGAUAUCGUUAUACUUUGCCAACUUCUUGAAGAGCGAUACCGAACUAGAGGAUGAAGGCCUUGGUGCUGAUGAGGUGCGAUUGGAGGACGAUUCCGAGUUGCAGGCACAAAUAAGAACGCGGCUGCAAAACGAAAUCGACGAUGACGAGGCAUACGAGGAGGAGCAGGAAGCGUUCAGCGAGAGCGACACCGAACAGGCGCCUGGAAAGGUACACACCUAUAGCAAUCUAAUGGGCGAAAUUAAAGCAAAGCGUUAUCAACAUAAACUGGAAAAGAAUCUAUCGCCGAGUCAGAUUGAGGAGGAGCGCCGAAUUGAACGUGAACAAUUGGCGGCUAUAUUUGAGUUAUUGCGCAAACAGGAGGAUGAAUUGAAUCUCAAGGAUCGUAUAAGCGAUACCGAACUCAAGCAACAAGUGAAACUAUAUCGUUAGUCUACAUACCAUAAAGAGUUGGAGAAUCAUUCCAAUUUAACCUGAAUGUGUGAUUAAGCGGGACUUUUAUUUACCUGGCUGUGGAUGUGAAUCGAUUUGGAACAGAGUCCCGAACAAAAUGUGCAGAUCCAGUAUCUCAAGUCAUUUUAGUGACAAAGAAAAAAGUUUAACUUUUUUUCCAAGGACCGCAAAUAAGAG